UGCGUCGUGUUCGCGCGGCCGGGUAGAGCCAGUGAGCAGAGCGUUCCACCAAUCCUGUCAGCAAGCACCACAAUGUCCUUCACCUUGUCACAUGCGUGCCGGCUGGGCGCCUCUCGGCUGGGCCUGGUGCGCCCGCUGGGCGCGGCUGCGCUCCGCCCGGCCAGCACUGCCGCCUACGAGCACAUCCUGGUGGAGCGACGCGGCGAGGGCGAGCGCGUCACCCUCAUCCAGCUGAACCGGCCCAAGUCGCUGAACGCGCUCUGCAGCCCACUGAUGUCGGAGCUGCUGGAGGUGGUGCACCAGGCCGAGCAGGACCCGGCCGUGGGCGCCAUCGUCCUCACGGGCAACGAGAAGGCGUUCGCCGCCGGCGCCGACAUCAAGGAGAUGCAGGACAAGCGCUUCGCCGACGUGUACCGCGGCUCGUUCCUCGCCUUCUGGGGUGGCGUGGCGCAGUGCACCAAGCCGGUGGUGGCGGCCGUGAACGGCUACGCGCUCGGCGGCGGCUGCGAGCUCGCCAUGAUGUGCGACGUCAUCUACGCCGGCGAGAAGGCGCGCUUCGGCCAGCCGGAGAUCGCGCUGGGCACCAUCCCGGGCGCUGGCGGCACGCAGCGGCUCACGCGCGCCGUUGGCAAGUCCAAGGCCAUGGAGAUGUGCCUGACAGGCGACAUGAUUGAUGCGCAGACGGCCGAGCGCGCCGGCCUGGUCAGCAAGGUGCUGCCACCUGGCGAACUGGUGGACGCGGCCGUCAAGACCGCCGACAAAAUGGCGUCGCACUCGAAGCUGGUCGUGCAGAUGUGCAAGGAGGCAGUGAACGCCGCGUACGAGAUGACGCUGCAGGAGGGCCUGCACUUCGAGAAGCGGCUCUUCCACACCACCUUCGCCACCGACGACCGCAAGGAGGGCAUGACGGCCUUCGUCGAGAAGAGGAAGGCCAACUUCACGGAUAGCUAGACGAGGCGGCUUGGCCCGGUGGUUCGGCAGGUGACAGAGCUUCGAGUCGAGGGUUGCAGAUGGUAUGGUGCUGCAGGAAUGGGAAUAUGACAUUGGAACGUGUCACACUCGGGGGGAAUGUCCAUGAUUGUUUGCGCGUGUGUUGUGGGAACGGCAGGUCGUGGCAGCCUGGGACAAUAAGUGCUUAGAACGGGUAAAAUCAGUAUGUCAGUAGGUGUGCCACUGUCGCGCAGCUAUUACACUGCUACUUACUACAUGGCUUAGUGAUUAUCCGUAGUGUCGCACUGCCCACUGCAACUGCCAGUGAAGCAAGCCGAGAAUGUUGAUCACGUGAUAAGCGUUCUCCCUGUCUAACCAGUUCACUAGUUACACGUACAACCACUAACUAGCGACUGGACCGUUGUUGUUUUGUUGAUGUUUGUUUGCCUCCCUUUUCAGUAGUAUUGUGCAUGGCAGAAGCGGCACGUCGCUUAGGUGAAGCAGUGAUUUACUAACCAUGUGUUGCCUGCUGCACUCCCGUGUGCUCGGGCGGAAGUGGAUGCUAUUUUUACAUAUCUGUAGGAAGGUGAGCGGGGAAAAGGUUCAGACAAAUAUAUGGAGGAAAAGAACGAA